GCAGGCGAGGCAACGUCACUGGAAUUACGUCCAGAAACAGGAACGAAAAUAAAACAAAAACCUUCCUCCUUUUUUCAACAGUAAUGUUUUGUCAUUAAAUCAAUGCCGAACACUGACAGGUCUGAACGCGGUUGGGAACAAUGACGAUUUUGUGGUUCAUUUUGUCUGUCAGGUGUACUGUACUUUUGUCAUGGUUAUACAUUGUGUAUUCCAUCGCUCAAGAGACAUCAGAGGAAGUGGAACUGUUCAACUCUGUGAAACUGGACAAACUAGGAUGGAAAUCUUACCCCUCAGCUGAAUGGACUGAGAUUACCCAUCUGGUGGGUUCAGAGAGUGCCCCUCUGUAUCAGGCCUGCACUACCGCACGCAGCAGGUCAUUACUAACCAAAUGGAUUGAUAAGAAGGAUGCCCACCGCUUGCUAUUGGACAUCACAUUUGCCCAGGAAGAGGAGCCUCUCAAUCAGCCGAGUCCCCUUCAGAUCCACAUGCUUGAAACAACCCAAGCUCUGUCCGGCUUUCAAAGUGGUCGGAAUGUUUUGAGCCUUGUGACGUCGAAGGCAUUUCCCGUCACAUUGGAGCCAAAGCAUUUACCAGAGUACUUUGACCGCAGGGUUGGUUUGAACCUUGGGCAGCUCUCACAGCGCGGCUUCUAUCUUAGGUUCUCCUUUUCGGGAAACUGUGUCUUCAUAGCUUCUGUUAGACUGUACUAUAAAAGAUGUCCAGGGUUUGUGCAUGACCUGGUCCGGUUUGAGGGGGCCUCGGCUGCUUCGGGGCCCCAGACUGGUGUCUGUGUGGAGGGGGCUGUGAAGGAGGCCCCCUGUGAGAGGCACUGCCAGGAGGAUGGGGUGUGGGGGCCGCUGGAAGGGGGGUGCAUCUGUCCCCCUGGUCAUCAGAGGGUGGGGGCCACCUGCCAAGCAUGUGGAACUGGCUACCACAAGCCAACCAAUGAGAGUGGAGAAUGUCGUCUAUGCCCACCCAAUAGUUCAACAACCAGGGCGGGUGCUGUGGAGUGUGUCUGUGACCAGGGCUACAUCCGGUUGCCUAGUGACCCAUACAACAUGGGAUGCACACGAAGUCCCUCCGCCCCAGUGAAUGUGACAGUUCAGCGCCUGAAAAACUCCACGCUGUCUCUACGCUGGGGCCCUCCCCACGACACAGGAGGGAGACAGGAAGUGAUGUACGAUGUGCAUUGUCAGGAGAGGGAGGGCGAUACAAACGGUCUGUGGAAAAAAUGUGUGGAUUCAUCUCUAUCGGCCUCAACCCGAUUGACGACCACAGAAGUCAACCUCACAGGUGUGAACCCAAACUAUGACUACCAGCUGUCAGUGAGGGCGUGGAACGCAGUCUCUGACCACCAGUCCUUGGAAGCAAAUCUCGCAUCCGUGGUCAUUCACAGAUUUUUUCCUGAAGUGAAGGUCACUGGUGACCCUCGGCCCCUUGAGCAUCAGCAGGAAGACUUUUCUACCUGGGGGAUUGUGGGCGGACUAGUGGGAGGCCUUCUCCUAUUGGCCCUGGUCUUGACAGCUGUGUGUACUCUGCGCCGUAAAAACAUCCAGCACAGGCAGGAUCCAGUCUUCCUGCCUCCUCACUCAGGUGUAACAUAUCGUCGCGAUGAGGACGUUCACCUUGACCUUCCGGAGCCCACCACCACAGAGCCUGAGGCAGUUCAGUUUCUGGAGAGUGUCAGUGACAGACUCCUGACCAGCCUGAAGGAUUCCGUAGUGCAUCGAAACAAACUGACCCUGGGCAAGGAGCUGGGGAAGGGGGAAUUUGGGACUGUCUACGAAGGCCUCUUCUCCCCAGAGGAAGGGAUCAACAUCAAAGUAGCAGUGAAGACCAUGAAAGUUGGAAUAUACAGCCAAGACGAUUUGGAGGAGUUUCUGAAGGAAGCAGAAAUUAUGAAGCAUUUUGAUCAUGAAAAUGUGGUCAAACUUCUUGGGGUCACUUUGGAGCGGGAGCAGGACUCCCCUCUGCCGGUGCCUUUGGUGAUCUUGUCCUUCAUGAAGCAUGGAGACCUGCGACGUUUCCUUGUCGCUACUCGCUUCGGGGCCAUUCCCAUGGUGAUACACACACACGCACGCACACAUGCACACACCCACUCUCUGUCUCUCACCUUUGCAAAAACACAUGGUCAAUACAUUGUCAUUGUCAAAGUAAAUCUUGAUAUUGACCUCUCCUGUUCCCCCCAGUUUGUACCCUACCAGAGUCUCUUACGCUUCAUGAUUGACAUUGCUGCAGGGAUGGAGUAUCUCAGUUCCCAUGGCCUCCUGCACAGAGACCUGGCUGCACGCAACUGCAUGUUGGGAGACGACUUACAUGUAUGUGUGGCUGACUUCGGUCUCUCCAAGAACAUCUACAGCAACAACUACUACAGGCAGAAAGUGUCUGUCCAAAUGCCAGUCAAGUGGAUGGCCAUAGAGAGCCUGUCAGAGUCCAUCUACACCAGCAAGAGUGAUGUGUGGUCCUUUGGGGUCACCAUGUGGGAGAUUGUAUCCAGGGGAAGGACUCCUUAUCCAGGAAUCCACAACCAUGAACUCCUGGAGUAUCUGGAGGCAGAACACAGGCUCAAACAGCCAGACUGUGACGCCCAGCUAUACGAGGUGAUGCAGAGCUGUUGGCAGCGGGAUGUUACACUGAGGCCUGGUUUCAGGGAGCUGGGGGAGAGGCUGAAGGUCCUUCUGUGUGCUCUGCCGGUCCUGGAGGCCUGCCAGGAAGCCCACUACAUCAACCAGGGCCUGGAGGCAGCCUGCCAGGGGGGCGCCCAGGGAGACAACCCCAAUCUAGAGGAUGCUGCGAGGGGGAAUGUUUACCUGCCCACCCCUACGUCUGCCAAAGUUCUACUCAAUGAAGAGAAGAAGAAAAAUACGGAAGAAGAGGGGGAGGAUGGCUACCUGCUGCAGACUGGGCAAGCUGUCAAGAAGGGGGAAUAGGAGGCUGUACUGAUAACAAAUAUACAUUUUUGUUGUUUUUUAAACAUGUCUGACAAUACCCCACAAAUAUGAUAGGAAAAUGGUUAAUUGUGAUUGUAAAGAUACUGGAGUAAGGUUGCACGUUCCAAACUAAUGUUGAAUAAAUACCUAAGAUAUUCCACAUAGGUCUUGGAUGAGGGUAUGAGUUCAGCUGUGCUUCACCUGCUUCUAGUAGAGCUUUCUGAGUAGGAUUCUAGGAAAUAGUAUUAUUAAUUACAACAUGGGAAACAAAUGUUAUGAUUUAUUGUAAUCCCUCUACAAUUAAACACGAUAUGAUUCAAAU